CUGCGGCUCGAACGCAACCUGCAGGUGGCGCACUUCUUCACAUGGGCGUCCACCCGCAUCUCGGCCACGGGGUUGUGGGAUGCGCCAGCCGACGAGCCUCGCGCGCCCGAGCCCCCGCCGGUGCCGCCCAAGCUGCUGCUCUCGGAGCACGACUGGGUCCACAGCACUGAUGCCGACGGCGCGCAGCGGGUCACGCGGGGCGAGGCGCGCAUCGAGCAGAUCCAGCAGGCCGUCGUUGCGGCGGCCCCCCUGGGCGCGCGCGCGACGCCUCCAGUGGAUUCCGAGCUGCAGCGCAAGGUGGGCUACCUGCUGACCGUCGUGUGGGGGGCAUCGCCGCCUGUCGCCCCAUUCACAAGGCUGGGUGCGAGCACCAACGGCGUCAUCGACCUGGACGGCCUCUCGGCUGAGACGGACGACGUGCCUCCCAGCAGCGGCGCGGCCAGCGCGCUCGGCGGCGCG